AUGGGGUCCAUUGUGCAGCCCUCGCGUUUCCUGGACGCGGCAGUUCUUGCUCUUUUCGCAAUGCUUGUUUCCGCGCUUUCUCUUUAUAUGUUCGGGGAGCUCUGGAACGUCGCCCAAGACCCGAAGUUCAGCUCUUGGCGCGUCGGCUUCAUCUUGCAGAAACUCUUCCCCUUCAAGAGGACUUUCGACGUUAACUUGACGCACAUUUUGCUUUUCACAGUUGCCGUUUUGCUGCUGAGUCUGCGCCCCGAGCUCCCCCCUGGGUACGAAGAGAGCAGCAGCAGCAGCAGCAGCAGCCGCAGGGCGAGGACACAGCAGCGGGCUGAGCCUGAAGAGACAGCCCCUCCUGCUGCUGCUGCUGCUUCCCAAAAGAGCAGCAAAAAGUAA